GUUCUGAGUAAACUGAAGUUUUGGACUAGAGACCUCGCACCUGUUUCACGUUUGCUGCUUGCAUCCCCAUUGAUUGGGAAUGACGGAAGUUCUUUCCCGCCCUCUUUCCAGUCUUAGCCGCCCUGGGAGUCACUCCACAAUCCACAAGCUCCAGACGCUGGAUUAUGUUCCAUGGCAGCGGUCCAAGCAGAAAGUCAAAUCAUCCACUGUGCUUCCAGCCCUACAUACCGGCAGCCGUAAGAAGAGCAAAGCGAAGACUUCUUUUAGAGACCAGCCAGGGUAUUCCAAGCCCACCAUGUUGAUGACAAGCCAGGUGAGGAAUCCACGAGAACUGCGCAGAGGGAAGCUCGACUCUGGGAAGACCAAAUUCCGGCUAAUGAGGACGAUGCUCAGGAACCGGCGGACCUCGCUCCAGGAGCUCCGCGAACAGGAGGACUUGCUCAUUAAGCUCAAUCAGGAGCUGAUCAAGACCAUCCAGGACAUGGAGGAAAGCUCAGCCCUGAAAACGCGUGGGAUGCUGCAGCAGCAGGACAUUUUUGGGACCAUCAUCAACAGCCUGGGGUGCUCCAACAAGAAGAAGCUGCAGCAGAUGGCAUGUGAGCUGCAGCAGUGGAAGGAGAAGGAGGAGUCCAAGAUGAGCUCCUUGCGUGAGCUCACUUCAGCCCAGAACCCAUCCAUUGGCCAAGGAGAGCUUUGCCUCCUGGAUUUCCUGGGAGGGGUCCUUGAGGGAGGAUCCUGCCUCCUGUUCCUCCUGACCUCUCCAGACCUGAAGCAGCAGGUAGAGCAGCUGAAUGCCAAGAUCAAGAAGACCCAGGAGGAAGUGAAUUUCCUGAGCACUUACAUGGACCAUGAGUAUCCUGUCAAGUCGGUCCAGAUUGCCAACCUUGCGCUCCAGCUGCAGCAGGUGAAGGACAACCAGCAGGAUGAGUUGGAUGACUUUAAUGAGAUUCACAAAAUUGCCCUGGAGUCUUUGUCUGAUCGGAUUCAGAUGAAGAGAAAAAAGCUUCUGGGCUCUCUGGUGGCGUUUGUCAGCCACUUCGAGGAGAAAAUACCCAAAUUAAGGGCCGAGGUGAAACAGCUCCAAGCCCAGACCCAGGAACCCCGAGAGGUGGUGUUUGCAGACGUGCUGCUUCAGAGACCCAAGUAUGUGAUCAUUUGGCAGCUGUCUCGAGCCAGAGGGAAACCCGUGCUCUUGCUACCACAGGGAAAGAAUAGUGCCUGUCACUUGCUGAGCAUUUAUCACAUGCCAGCACGAGUCAUUUAACCUCCCUCCCAACCACUGAGGUUGGAAUUAUUACCCCCCUUUGACAUAUGAGGAAACUGAGGCCUACCUGGGGUCUGUCACAUAGUGAGUGCUUGUUGCACAGGUGCCAACAGGAAGAGCAAGGCUCCGAGAGGGCAAGUGGGAUGCUCACGGAGCCAGGUUUCCAAAGGAGUCAUCUGGCUUCAGAGAGGGUGCUUGUCCUGAGGGACCCCCACACUUUAGAGCUGAGUUCCUGCUCCCUCUUGACCUUAGGCCUCUGUAGGGGAACAUCAGUCAUGUUUCAUUUUUGAGUGUGUGUGUGUGUGCGUGCGUGCGCAUAAGCAGGUGCAUCCUUAUGCAGUUGGGCUGCAAGGUUGCCGGUGGGGUUCCCCAGAUAAGUACCAGUGUUCUAAAGAGCAGGGCUCCCCUGAGGACAUGCUCCCCACCCUACAACUCUGGCUCCUCUGCUUGCCUCUCACACCCCUCUUUGUUUUCCCUGUCAGGUGCACACCAGACAUGGAUGUCACCCUCAACAUCCCUGUGGAAGAGCUGCUACCCUUAUAGAUGGCAGGGCCAUGGCCACCCUUC